AUGCCAAGAGCCACGAAAUCAGGCUGCCCGCGACACAACCAGGGCGCAGCUGCUCACAUUACUAAUACCAUAAAAGAUGGUAUAGACUUUGUAGAAGUUGUUAAGGCAUGCUUCAAGGACGCACCAGAGGUCUAUUCUGCCUUCUUGAGCGUCCUACAUGAACGUUGGUGGAGACGAAUUACUGAAUUGGAAGAAAUACGCCGUAUUCUCGCCUUGUUCUGGGGGCAUGGUGAUAUCCUGAGAAGAUAUAACGACUUUCUGCAUGAAGUUUAUUUUAUGGAGUUUACGAACGAGGUGAUGGAGACGAUGACAAGCAUUAGAAUUGCAACUCCACAAGGGAUGGUGGUCUACCUCGUUGAGGACUUUUAUCCUCCUAAGGAGCAUGCAGUAUUUCAUCCCGACACAGCAAGUAUUAUCCAGAAUAUUUCGCCUAUUAUCCAGUCGUCUGUUGCCGCUCUUCCCAGAAAUAAAUACAGCAACGCCAAUACUUGA